UAGAAUAUAAUCACAUACGAGUACUAUUAUUGUUGCACACAUCAACCGGAACCACGGCUGCACAGAUGGACGAUUAUCUAACUCGAAAAGUAACGUUAGCCGUCCGAGGUACUCGGCAUAUGGACCCUGAUCUCUACCGAGCUGCUCAGACUGGCAAUUGGGAAGCUAUCCAACGAUUUCCUCCAGAUCUAUACAAACAGCUAACUCCAAACGGGAAUACUCUACUCCACGUCCUGGCCCAAUCCGGUGAUCAUUCCGCAGAAGCCGUGAAAAAUGUGCUCGCAAAGGAACCCUACCAAGCUGUAACAAGAAACACAAAUAGAGAAACCCCAUUGGUGAUUGCCUCAAGAAGAGGUUACGCAAACGUAGUUGAAGCACUUAUUGGUGCAAAGACGACGGACUGGUUCCGGCAACAUACGAGGGCAUCUUUUCUUGUAGAAAUUAUCCGACCUCCGGCGAUGGACGCGGAAGAAGGCACUCAGGAUAAGAAAACCGCACUCCUUGAGGCUGUCAGGUAUAACAGGCUUAACGUGGUCAAGAUAUUCGCCGAAAAGAGCGUCGAUUCGUUUCGGCAUUUCGAGUUUCCGUCUUGGUUUCCGAAGCGAAAUACCGACGGAACUCUUUUUUUGGUGGACGUUUUUGUCAAUGGGAGCCCUUUAUACUUGGCGGUUGAAAAGGGACAUAUUGACAUUGUAGCUUUCAUGCUCUCCUCCGGCCUGGAAUCAAUAGCUUACCGUGGCCCUCGAGGCAGAACCGCCUUGCACGCCGCUGUAGCUCGGGAUUCACCUGAGUGCACCACAAUGAUCUUGAACAAAUUUCCUCACCUCAUGAAAAAGGUGGAUGUGCAUGGAUGGACUGCAUUGCAUUAUGCUGCUAAAUUCAAUCGGAAUGAAACAGUAAAUGUUUUAUUAUCAAAAGACAACUCUGUGGGAUAUGUUUCUGCAAGUAAGGAUGGCGCUUUAACAGCUCUUCAUAUUGCCGUAAUUAAUGGACAUUUACAUGUUGCCAAGGAAAUUUUGUCGCACUGCCCUGAUUGCUGGGAGAUGGUGACUUAUAAAAAUAAAAAUAUAUUGCACCUUGCCAUUGAGAAUGAGCAACAAGAAGUGCUUGAGUUCAUUUUGGAUACUAGUUGGGCUUCUGAACUCAUAAAUAAAAAGGAUGAAGAUGGGAACACUGCCCUUCAUCAUUAUGUUGGUACCAAAAAUUUAAUGGGGUUUAAUCUUGUAAACCAUCCUUGGGUUGACAGGAGUGCCUUUAACAAAAAGGGGUUGACUCCGCUAGACAUUGUCACAAGGCAGACAGAACAACUCACGACAAGACAGAUUUCAAUUAGACAUGAGUUGCUCACAGCAAGUGCGGGUACAAAUUUUUGGAGGGUAUUCCCUGAACAACCUGAUGAAGCAAGCGGUGUUGGGGAAGGUGAUAGUGCACAAAUAUUUAUGGUUAUUGCUACAUUAAUACUCACAGUUAGUUUUGCAGCUGGAUUCACCAUCCCGGGUGGUUACGACUCCUCAAAAGAGAAUGCUGGCAUGGCGAUUCUUGGAAAGAGAGCAUCGUUCGUGGCAUUUGUCGUCUCAGACUCAAUAGCAAUGUUGAUGUCAAUUUGUGCUGUGCUGAUACAAAUUAAUGCACAAGAACAAUGGUUCAUCCCCAACGAAAAAGAAAAGGUAGUUGGCUACAGUAAGCUGCUAGUUACCAUUGCCCUCAUGUUUCUGGUGAUAGCAUUCUUGAGCGGCACGUAUGCCGUUAUGCCUGCACGACUCAUCCGUGUUUAUCUAAUUGUGAUUGGGGUUGGGUUUGGAGUUCCAUUAGUUCUUCAAGCAAUUUUUCGAUUAUGCGACUCUUAUAGGGAAUUUAUGCUUAUUCCAGACUAUGACUCCACUGUUUGAAACACUUUAAGAGAGUUUCACGUGUUUGCUUUCAAACUGGAUAUUGUUUUGGACCUCUUUUCAUAUGAUGGCGGCUUUAGUUGUUGUAUGUAGAGACAUUUAAUU